AUGGGGCCAGAUGAAUCCCGCAGGAAUGCAGAUGGCCACGGAUUAAGACUUACCGAGGAGGAGAUGGCUGCCGCCUCCGUAGGCAGCGCCGAGGAAGAGAGAAGGGACAGUGGCACGCAAGGGCUGAUGGGACGUAACCCCCUGGGUCCUGGCAGGGAAAAGAAAUUUGGAAUUCUUUCUGAGCUAAUAAGACCUGGUGGAGAGAGGCACUUACUUCCGCCAGAAGUUGAAGCCAAUCCGCUUUUGGGCUAUUUCCGCCCGCGUUUCUUCUACUCCGAAGUGCGCCUCUUAGUGUUGGCGAGAAAAGCCCUUAAUUGUAUUGCAAUGGUUAUGGAUUCGGAAAUGGUUUUUCCCUUGGUGUGUGUUCUUUUUCCUCAGAUUGGGAAGGAUCGGGCACUGAACUUUGACCCCUGCUGCAUCAGCUACUUUACUAAAGGGGAGUACAUUUUGCUGGGGGGUUCAGACAAGCAAGUAUCUGUUUUCACCAAGGAUGGAGUGCGGCUUGGGACUGUUGGGGAGCAGAACUCCUGGGUGUGGACGUGUCAAGUGAAACCGGAUUCCAACUAUGUGGUGGUCGGCUGCCAGGACGGCACCAUUUCCUUCUACCAGCUUAUUUUCAGCACAGUCCAUGGGCUCUACAAGGACCGCUAUGCCUACAGGGAUAGCAUGACUGACGUCAUUGUGCAGCACCUGAUUACUGAGCAGAAAGACCUCCUGUGCAACACGGAAUGGUGAACAUCUACAAACAGGAAUCCCACUCCUGGCCCUAGCCAUGACUCAGGUUUUGUGAAGGGGUGUGGGGCAGGAGAAAAAGCAAACCCCACCAA